AUGCCUGCCCACCUCAGUCGUCCUUUCUCCCGUUCUUGCUUUGCAGGAUCUGGCACUCUUCGUCACUUCGCCAGCUCUCCUCGGACUAGAGCCACGCAAAUACCUCCUCCUUCUCGAAAGCCCUCGUCUCUGCCGCAACGUCAGCAACGAUCAAUAGACCCUUCCUUGACUCCGGAACAGGCGAACAAACAAUACUAUGGCGCAAAACUGUUAGCUGCUGGGCAGCAGAUGAUAUACCAGGCACCCUCGCAUACCGCUCUUCUCGGUGCUUCUUGGUUUAUUGCGGGGUCAUGUUUUGUGACUUCGGCGGCUUUGGCCUUUGGCAAUCUGUGGUUAUAUGACCCGGACUCGGAUCUUCCAACGGUCGUCAGAGUCGGACACCGACUUGGUAUAAUCACAUUCACAGCUGUCGGAGGCAUAGCCCUCCUGCGGCCUCUGAACUUGGUCAAAUCGAUGAGGCUCAUCAACUCCGACACCGGUGUCAAACUAUUAGUACAGGUACGACGGCCUCUACCUUUCCUACGACCGAAGCAGUAUAUCAUCGCUCCUCACGAGCUGCGUGUAGAUCGCACAUGGGUUCAUGAGUUGGAAAUACCAGAGUUCGUACAGGAGAGCGACACCACACGCAGGGGGGUGUUCUCAUUUCUAGGCCGAGGUAUCAGCCGAGCAUUCUAUUAUCCUUUCGCUGCCACCAGGCAACUCAUGACCUUGGAAGGAAUAAUAAAUGCGUCUUUGAAGGAGAAUGGCCCCAAAGUCAAAUUUGACUCUCAUGGUACGUUCUCCAAUGGUGGAGAAGAUAUUGAAAGACUGGGGACCAUUAUUUUAUGA